AUGGACUUAGAAGACAUUCCAGGAAACAGUGAGGAAGAUGUAACUGCAUCCAUAAAGCUGGAAAAGAUCCCCGGAGAACGUCUAGGGAAGAUUCCCGACCUAGAAAAACAGAUGGAGAGGAAGGAAGUCCCAAAGCAGACAGGAAACGGGAAGCGCCGGCGGAAAGCCAAACGAAGCAGGAAGGAGAGAGAUGUCAACCCAAAGGAGAAAAGUAAUGAAAGUGGCCAAAGCAAUCGAGAAGGUGAAUUUGGAUCUACGGAGCUAGAAGACAUUGAUCCGACCAAUACUGCUAAACUGUUCAGUGGGAGGUCAGAGGAAGAGGAGAGUCAGAGUGACUGGAUGACGAAAGAAUUUCUUGUGGAAGUGAAGGACAGCAGUGAGCCUGAAGUAGCCUGUUGCAUUACAGCCCCACGUGCCAUUCUAGAAAACCUAGUAAUCAGGGCUGUCAAUGAUUUAAGUUCCCUGGUGGUAGAUGAUGCCGAAGAACUGGUCAGCAACGUCAUCAGCACCGAGUUCCUGCAGAAUGGGCCAACCAUUCUGCCUCCAGUUACCAUGGUCAUCCCGUUUAACUCACGUUACCGAGGAAUGUACAAAGACAUUAUGGUGAAGGUGACUGACAUGAACUUUCAGUCGAGUUAUUUAACUCCAGUUUCUUUGGAAGGGCACCAAGGAAACCACAAGGGGUCAUUUGCUGAGAUCAAAACCAGCCAGCUCGGUACCUUUUCUGUGGUUUCGGGCUUAAAGCUGGAAACACUCACCAUUCCCAGGGAAGGCCUGUCACGAAAACUAAGCAUGGAUCCCAGAAUUUCAUUUGACUUCCCUCUGUCAACUUUCGAUUCUUGCGUCACAAUGCAUUUAAAGGUCCAGCCAAUCGAGCCAUCAAUACUUUCACUGUUAAAAAUGAAGCAGGACAUGUAUCAUUCGGUAGUGUCUACAAGCCCACUGGUACAUCUGCAGCACCCAUCAGCCCAGCCGUUCAACAAAUCCGUCACGGUUAUUUUGCCCUGUCCGCCAAAUCCAGAAAAAAAGAGGGACGGAGAUGAGACAGACCAUGGCAGAGCCACUAGUGCUUCUAUACACCGGCGUGCAAGUGUGCAUCAUUUUCGAAGCAAAGCGUACAAUAACCUGCCCUUACAAGCUGUACGGAAUAUCCUAAAAAAGCUCAUGGCAAUGAGUGCCUCCCCAAGAAAACAAGGGGAGCAUCUCAACGAAUCCUUGAAAUUACUGGGGUACAGAAGCAAAGAGGAGGAAUGGACUUUGCUGGAUGAAGUCACCGUGCGGAAUGUGCGGAGCGGCCUCGUGUCAUUUGAAUUAAACGAGCAUUUAGAAAGAUUUACAGUCAUCCGCCAGUCCUCUGCUAUGGACAAGGCACAUCUGGCACACUUGGUUCGCCAUCUGGAGGAGGACACCCACAACACCAUGGCAAACGUGGUCUUAUAUCAGAACAAAGAAGACCCUUACAAGAUAGUCGUCUUGCUGGUUCCAUCCAAGGAACUGAACCUGGCGCUGCAGAGCCUGAGGGAAGAAGGCUACUCGGGACCCCCUGAGCCCUCCCCACAGUUCAGACUCAAAGAAGGGGAACAGGUUCACUUACGAUUCAGUGGGAACAUUUCUGCUUCAGACGAUGGGGUGACAACUGGAAAAACCUACACGCUUUCUUUCCAUGCACAAAGGAAGCCGAGGCUCGCCCUUCAAAUCAAGGAAGUGGAUGAAUACGGUAACUACAGCUCACCUCAUUUCAAGGGAACUGCCUUGUGUUAUAAAGUGAGCAAAGAAGUCAUAGCCAAGAACGUGGUGCAACCGCUUCUGCCCCAAGACUACCAACACCAGGAUCCUGUUUGCAAAUUGGCUCUUACCUUGCCAAAGAAAGAUAAGAUCAUCAGCCGCCCACAAAGCACAAAAAGAAUCUCAAGGGAUUCAUCCGAGGCAUUGUGGGACAGCUUACUGCACUGGCUGUCAGGAGAGCUGUCGGAAGAUAACGCCUCGUCCCUCGUGCUCUUCCUUCCUCUCCACCGAAGCACUCUUCAGUUUAUUAAACUGAAGUGCCCUGAUAAUCGCACAGAGCAGAUCUACGAGGUCCUGUGCUUCUGGAACAGAAACCUGCGGAGAUCGGCCGACAAGCCCCAGCUCCUGACUCGGUAUCUCUGUAAAAUUGGCAGAAGCGAUCUUGCCGAAGAUCUCCGGUUCAGGUGGGAGAAUAAAGUGUUUCCAAGGAACACUCUUUGGCUGCAAAGCUAUAUCUGA